UCUCUUUUAUUGAUAAAAUCCCUUCCGUUUCACACAUAAUCGCAAUACGUUAGGUACAUAUGUCUCAGAUUGAAUUGAAAAUUUGUUUUCUGUAAUACGAAGUAUUGGAUUUAAAAAUCAAAAUGAAACUAAUACUUACUGUUUCGUUUUUCGUGUUUGUGCUGUCGAUGAACCACAUUACAGAAGCGAUACAAGUUGUUACAAUGGAUACUUACAAAACUGAUAUAACUCUGGAAAGCACUUUGUGGGAUUCCUCAUCUUCCCUUAUUUUGAAAUCACAUUCCACUUAUUCCUAUCGGACGGGCAUGUCGAAGAGAUUAAAUAUUAAUGCACCAAUUGGAAGUGGCCUUGUUGUAACUAUUAGACUACUUGACUUCCGUCCAAACUGCAUAGACAAUCUCACGCUUUAUGACAACAAUAAUCGGAAUCAAGUAAUGUACUGUAACCAUGGGAGAACACCUCAAUCAGACUAUGAUAAGAACGAAAGAAAAACCUUUUAUGUUUCAACCGGGAGACUUGGAGUGAUAUUCAAUACAGACCGAUUUGGAUCUACAAUUUUAUAUCGUGGAUUUCAACUUACUGUGACAGUAGUAAACAGAUAUCCUUGUAGGUCUUAUGAAUACUAUUGUCGAAAUCAGCGAUGCAUCGCUGACGGAAUUAGAUGCGAUGGAUAUAAUCACUGCGGUGACGGAAGCAGUGAAAUAAACUGCUAUAAUUCAAGAAGAACAGGAAGAACGGUUGGAAUUGCUAUUGGUAGUAUUUUCCUCGUCAUAGGAAUAAUUAUGGCUUUGGUUUAUGGAAUGCGAAGAUGCAAAUCUCAAACAGAGAUAGAAACCGUAGUCACCACGCAUCAACCACCAACUUAUCCAGUUAAUCCCCCACCUGCUUAUACGACUUCAAUAAAUAGUCAAGCUUAUCCGCCACCAGGGUAUACUACAUACCCUCAAGGACAUGCAAAUCCAACUUACCGAUAACUUAAAGCUUCUGAAAUAAAAGCGGUAAAAUUACGUUAGGCUGCUGUUGUACACUCGCUGGAGUGUUGUCCAAGAUUGCUGAAAAAGUACGGUGCUUGUAUACAAUUCAAAUAAAUACAAUUUAUCUUAAA